UUUCGGUUUUUUGAGAUGGGUGGGGAUGUGUUUGAACAUGCAAAUCAAUUCAUUCAUAUUUUUUGGAUAUAGCCUAGGUGGGGUUUGCGUUUGAAUACAGAGAGAAUUAAGAGGCAACGAAAUGAGCUUCACAGGCUGUCAUUUAAGAACAAAGGGUGUUCAGUUCUACCAUGAUAAAAGCCUCAUUUAAGGAGGGCUUUAAGGAGGGCUUUCAAUACUGCUUAAAUUGGUAAUAACUGUUCAUGAUAUCUAAAUUGUAUAGAUUUCUGAUUAGAUACCUACUCGAAGAUUUCUUCAUAGAUUCGAACUGUAAUAGAGAAUCAGUUUGUCAUUUCUUUUGGACACACGAAAUAGCUGUUGUACAACAUAUACAGUUGUUCUUCGUCUGCAUUGCUCAGUAAAUCUGCCAAAAUCUCCGAAAAAACAUGAGAAAUUGUUUAGAAACAUGCGAAAUAAAGUUCCCCGCUUGGGCUCUUUACAGAGUCGGCCAAAUGUCGGUUGAGAAAGAAACAAUUAAAAACCCCCAAUUCUAUAGGUUGCAGUUCAUUUGCAAAUCAAUUCAUUCAGUUUUUUCGGAGGGAGAGAGAGAGGGGAUUGUUUUUGUAUACGGAGAAAUUAAAUGGAAGGCAACAAAAUGAGCUUUACUGGCUAUUCUGGAGGGAAAAAGGGUGUUCAAUCCCCAUUGAAUGGCGUUCAGUCUCCAUUAGGCCUGACAAACAGGAUCGUUCGAUCUCCCACUACUCAAUCGCUGAGGAAAAAACAACACCAUGAAGAUGAUAUUAGGAAGUUUUCUCUUGCUGAUUAUGCAGAAAAUUGUAACCCUAAUGCUGCUACUAUAGAAUCUCUAAAUGGGUGUCAAAAAUCUCUUCAUGGGUUUCAAAAGUCUUCUAAUGGGUGUGAAAAAAUCUUCAAAGUCUCAGAUGGGUGUCAAAAGUCCUUUAAUGGGAAGGAAAAACCCUCUGAUGGGUUUCAGAAACCAGCCAAUGGCUCUCUGAGACCACCUAAGGUUUCUGAAUCUGAAACUCAUGCCUGCAGAACAAGAAAGAAGGGUGUUCAAUCUCCAAUUCCAUUAGGUACGCCGAACAGGAUCGUUCGGUCUCCUGCUGCUCCUCAAUCGCUGAGGAAAAACCAACACAGUGAAGAUGAUAUGAGGAAGUUUUCUCCUGCUGGUUAUGCAGAAAAUUGUAACCCCAGUGCUGCUACUGUUAAAUCUCAAAAUGCGUGUCAAAAAUCUCCUCAGCGGUCUCAGAAGUUGCCUAAUGGGUGUGAAAGAAUCUUAGAAGUCUCUGAUGAAUGUCAAAAGUCCUUUAACGUGCAGGAAAAAAUCUCAGAUGGGUUUCAGAAAUCGGCCGAUUGCUCUAAACCAUCCAAGGUGUCUGAAUGUGGAAUGCAUGCCUGCAGGUCAAGAAGAUGUGGAGUAAAUUGCCCAGAUUGGGCUUCUGGCAGUUUGAGGCCUCAGCCAAGGAACUUCCUCGUGGCAAAGAGGAUUGAAAAGCCUAAUCAGGAGUGCACGGUGUGCAAGAGCUGCAAUAAAAAGUCAAAAUUUGGGUCUGCUGACAUAUCUCCAGAUGCAAAUAGGAAAUGUGUAUGUGUUGCUUCUCCAAAAUUGAGGACUUCACCAGAGGAGUUGAUGAAGGAUAAUUUUUCGAACACGAAAAAGCCUUUAGCAGAAGUUGGAGAAACCAAUAUUGAAAUCCAGAUUGAAGUUCAGGAACAUACGUGUGGUGUAUCUUCUGUCGAAGAUAACAAAGAUGGGUUCUCUGAAAUGUGUGGGAAUAGUGAGAAAGUGGGUGUUGCUGAGCUUGAAACUGGCACAAUGAAUGAGAAGAUUGUGGGUUCAGAAUUUUCUAUAUUGUAUAAUGGCAACACAUUUUCCAAUGAUAAUGUCCAUGCCCAUAUAUCUUCUCUUGGGAUGUCAAAUGGUGAGGAAAACAUAUUGUCCAAUAGGAAUCCUGAUAUAAUUGGGAUUUCAGACCCUGAAAAUGGAAGUAUAGACGAGACAAUGCACGGUUUGGAGGGUUCUGAAUUGGGUGAGAGCAACAUUUCAGCGGAUUGUAAUGACAACCCUAUUACGUUAUUGUCUCCUCAUAGGGACUCAAAUGGGAAUGCUGAGAAAUUUAGGACUUCCGAGGAGGGAAAUGGAAAUGUGGAUGAGAAGAUGAUGGAGGGUGCUGCGGGAUCUAGCAGUGCCACUUUAUUGUCAUAUCCUUCCCCAAUCCUUAGAAGGCCUAGGAAUGAGUUGCUUGCAGAAGCAAUUGAUACCAUUCCACGGCGUGGUGGGGAAAGAGUUGGAAAGUGUGUAAAGUGGGCAUUUCCCCUGCACACGCAAUUUGAAUUUGAAGAGGCCUUGGAUUCGGCAGGACAGGAAUCUUUGGAUAAAAGUGAAAUUCAACAAUGGAGGAAGGUCACUUGUGCUCAACCUUUCAAGCUUCAUACAGAGCAAAGAGGCCACGUGAAAGAGAAGGAAUUCAUGAAGAAGGUCCAGGUGAUGUUGUCUGAGGAAAAGAAAAAACGAAUUCCAAAGGCACAAGGUUUGCCAUGGACAACAGAUGAACCAGAGCAUUUGGUGAAGCCUCCUGUGAAAGAAUGCACUAAACCAUUGGAUGUGAAGCUUCACACUGAAACAAGAACAGCUGAUCGUAUUGAAUUUGAUCAGACAAUAGCAGAAAAGCUAAAUGCCUUGGAGCAGAAAAGGCUAGAGGAGGAAAGACUGCAGAAGCUGGCUGAAGAAGAAGAGAUUAAGAGGCUAAGAAAAGAGAUGAUUCCACGUGCUCAAUUCAUGCCAUUGUUUGAUCGCCCUUUUAUUCCCAGAAGAUCUUCUAAGAGUCCAACCAUUCCAAGGGAGCCCAAGUUUCAUGUCUCCCACCACAAAAGGGCCAAAUGCAUAUCAUGCUGCUGAAAAGAAGAAACUCGUGGUUCUCUGUUUAUUGUAAAAAAAAAAUUAGUUUUUCAAUCUUUUUAAAAAUGUUUUGUGAAAUGUACUUUAUUUUUUCUAACAUAAUUCGGUGAACUCUGUGACUUCCUAAGAGCUAUUCAAUAACGUUAGGACAUGAGUUGAAUUAUAAACAUGCUAUGUGAUCAUUAUAAAUAUAAU